CCUUUCCCCUCCACGAAGGAAGGAAAAAAAGAGUCUCCGGUCGACUCAGUGCUACAGUACUGAUAAAGCGCAGGGAAGACGUAGCGGCAACUUGGGAGCUCCUCCUCCCCUCGCGGGAGUUGUGUGACAAACACUGCACAGAAAGGCAGACAGACUGCGAGCGACAGUGAAGAAGAAAAGCCAUCCGUACAUUUGGAUCUGAAAAUACAAAAGAAAAAAAAACUCGUCCUUCUUCGUCUUCGCCAUAUCUGCGGACGACGUUUUUUUUUGGACAUGUUAUUUUUAUCAACAACGAGCACACCGGUUUCGUCAUAAUUUUACCCUGCCUUUCACCACUACGUUCUGUGCGUGUAAACAAUUAUUGUUGUAUCCUGCAAUCUCUUCAAGACUAGAAUUCCUGGUUGUCUUGAACCAUUGAAAAUGUCCCUGUGGGCCAAAGCACAGCAACUUCAAGGUGAAGCUCUGCGGCAGGUGCAGGCUGUUUAUGGUGAACACUUCCCUAUUGAAGUCAGACACUUUCUGGCACCAUGGAUUGAAAGCAAAAUAAUGAGUGAUGUUGAUCCAGACAAUCCUCAGCACGAGCAGUAUGCUGCGUCUGUUGUUGGUGCUCUCAUUACAGAACUUGAUUCAAAAGCCCUAGCUCUUACCAAUGAAGAAUUUUUCCUGACUAAAAUUAAACUCCAGGGAGCUGCUGAGAUGUUCAGACAACGAUACAGCCAAAAUCCCCUUGGUCUGCUCAGAAUCAUCAGACACUGCCUGGGUACCGAACUUAAGCUUGUUCAACAAGCUGAAAAUAUGAGCCUAGGCAUGAGCAGCAACCCAGCUGCAUUACUUCCUGAUGCGUCAGGUGAAAUUCUCCAGCAGUUGGACAUAUUACGCCAACGUACACAGGAGACGAGUGAAGAUCUCAGACGAAUGGAACAAGAGCAAGAAGCCUUUGCGUUAGAGUAUCACGAACUAACAAAGAUCCAAGCUAAUCUGACGCACUUACAGAAUCAGGCCCCAUCACAACAAAAAAAUGAUUUUGAGAAGCAAUUGCGCGUCAAGAAAGAAAUGAGUGAACACAAGCUCAACGUCAAGGUGCUGGCCGAGUUACUGCAGAUGCGGAUGGCUUUGGCAGAAAAGCAUAAAGAGACGCUGAUGAUAAUUGAAAAUCUGCAAGCUCGAGUUUUAGACGAUGAACUUAUCCGUUGGAAACGUGAACAACAAUUAGCUGGGAAUGGAGUGCCCUUCCAUAGCAACCUAGAUUCUAUCCAGGAAUGGUGUGAAGGUUUGGCGGAAAUCAUCUGGCUUAACAGGCAACAAAUUAAGGAGUCGGAACGCCUCCGCGCCAAAUUCCCCAUCAUGCAAGCGAAUAAUACGGAUCACGUACCUGCACUUAACACGCAAAUCACACAGUUACUCUCGUCGCUGGUAACCAGUACCUUCAUUAUUGAGCGCCAACCUCCCCAGGUUAUGAAAACCAACACGCGUUUUACCGCAAUGGUCCGGUUGCUGGUGGGCGGAAAGUUGAAUGUACACAUGACACCCCCUCAGGUUACGGUGUCUAUAAUCAGCGAACAGCAGGCCAAUACGUUGCUGAAAAAUGACAAAAUGGCAAAAGGAGAGGCAUCGGGAGAGAUUCUCAAUAACACGGGCACUAUGGAAUAUCAGAAAGCUUCACGCCAACUCUCUGUCUCAUUCAGGAACAUGCAAUUGAGGAAGAUAAAACGCGCCGAGAAGAAAGGCACAGAAUCUGUGAUGGAUGAAAAGUUCUCUCUACUCUUCCAGUCCAAGUUCUCUGUUGGAGGCGGGGAAUUAGUUUUCCAGGUCUGGACUUUGUCCUUGCCUGUUGUAGUUAUUGUCCACGGAAACCAAGAGCCUCAUGCUUGGGCCACAGUGACGUGGGAUAACGCAUUCGCCGAACCCGGUCGCACACCGUUCGUCGUGCCAGACAAGGUACCGUGGUCGCAAGUUGCCGAGACGCUCUCUACCAAAUUUCGUUCGGCUACUGGCCGCGCUCUGACGGAAAGCAACCAGCGAUUCCUGGCCUCAAAGGCCUUCCGCAAUCCCAACCUGCAAUUGCCACUUGUCGGGCCGGAAGCGGGCAACUUGAUGCUCACGUGGUCUCAGUUUUGUAAAGAGCCACUGCCCGAACGCAAUUUUACAUUCUGGGAGUGGUUUUACGCCUUGAUGAAGCUCACACGGGAGCACCUUCGCGCCCCUUGGAUGGACAACACGAUCGUCGGUUUUAUUGGGCGAAAGCAAACGGAAGACCUGCUGAAACAGUGUCUGCGGGGUACCUUCAUGCUUCGCUUCUCCGAUUCCGAGCUCGGAGGUGUCACCAUUGCGUGGGUUGGAGAUUCAAGUGAAGUUUUUAUGCUGCAACCGUUCACAAGCAAAGAUUUCGCCAUCCGCACUCUGGCUGAUCGCGUCUCGGAUUUGAAACACCUGAUCUAUUUGUAUCCCGACGUCCCGAAGGAUCAAGCGUUCGGCAAAUAUUACACACCAUUUACCGAGAGCCAGACACCCACCAAUGGCUAUGUCAAGCCACUACUCGUCACUCACGUACCUGGCUGGAGCAGUGGUGGUGGUAAUCUGGAAACGGGUAGCUACCCACCGACACCACAAGGUUUCUACAAUCCACAGUCACCAGACCCAAGCAUGGGCCGCGACACGCCGUCCGUUCACAGCGCGACCUCCGAGACGGUCAACAGCAGCUUCUAUCCGGCGGCGCAGGCGGGCCAGCCAAACGAGAUUUCCGACUCGUUUCAAGAUUUCAUGUCGCAAGUGGACGAACUGGACAACUUGGAGGAGUUUCAGAUGGACCUGAACACGAUGGGAGUUCUGCCGGCUAAUAUGGCCCAUUUCAAGAGCUAAAUCAAAGGGUUACCUUCCCAAAACCACCACCCCCCCCCUUCCCCGGUAUUCCGAAAGAGGAAAGUCUACGUGAAGAAAAAGAAAACCAAAAGGAGAAACAGGAAAAUAUUUUCUCUACCAAAGGAAUAAGAGCAACCACACACAGAAGUCGUACGCCACACCAAAGUUCAAACUAAGACAAAGAGAGGGCAAAAAAAAAAAAUGAAAAUUUUUUCGGAACCGGUUGGGUUCCAUGUGAGGUAGGUCACAUAAAAGUGCGUGAGUUUUUUUUUUUUCUUACUUUAUUUUUUAAAUGGGAAUGAUUUUUUUGUUUACUUUUAUUGUGCUAUUUACGCACGAAAAAGAAAAACUGUCAUGUUUUCAUCGUCGUCAAGUUUGUUUCAAAAUCACGUCUUUUCAAAAAAGCGUCGAGUUUUUUGCUCACGCGUGCCUUUUACAAUUCAAGCACAUGGUACAAUCACGUAGACCGCUUAGCAGCAACGCAAUGUUUAUAGUUGCCGCUCAUUUGAAACAUUAUUUUGCCUUCUAUUUUGUUGUUAUUGCAGCUGUUGUGAGCAUUCGCACGGCUAUUACGUUGACAUAUGAUCAAACUUUCCCUCACCCUCUCUUUUUUGUGUCUUACUUCAUUUUUAGAGAGAGAAAAAAAAAUGUUUUCGUAAGAGGGAACGUGGAUCGCUUACCACGGCAUCUUCUCUUUUGCCUCUUGCAAUAAGAAUUUGGCUUUCAGACCUUACAUGGAUAGGAUCCGUGUGCGUUCAAUCACUUUUAAAAAUUACCUUUGAGUGACUUUAAAAAAAAAUAUAGUUUUUCAAUUCAUAUUUUGUGCAUUGCUCAAGUUGUCGGUUUUCGUCUACAAUGAAAUAGAAAAAAAAAAUCUUGUUCCCCAUUCUCCCAUAAUCCUUGCAACGAAUCAAACGAAGUGGAGGGAUCGCAUUAAAGCACGUUAAGAACCGCACCCUAUACAGUGGUGUGUUUGGAGCCUUAUCUUUUAUUAUUAAAUUUUUUUUAUUUGAUGAUGUAUUCACCCAUUUUUUAAUUAUUUUGAUGGUUUUUUGUGUGAUGUCAAAUUAGAAAAAAAAAAAACAACUUUCACCUACCUUAUUAUACUACUUAUAAACUCCCUUGACUUAGAAAUAAACUGGCGUGCGGCAAUUGA